AUGUCCCUAUUUAUAUCUAUCUAUCUAUCUAUCUAUCUAUCUAUCUAUCUAUCAAAUACAAACGCUUUUAUUGAACAAAACAAUAAAAUAAAUCUAUCUAUCUAUCUAUCUAUCUAUCUAUCUAUCUAUCUAUCUAUCUAUCUAUCUAUGUGCAGUGUUUACAUAAGCCAUACGAUUUAUCUAUCUCAAACUGAUCAUAUCUAUCUAUCUAUCUAUCUAUCUAUCUAUCUAUCUAUCUAUCUAUCUCAGUCUGUUCCUAUCUAUCUAUCUAUCUAUCUAUCUAUCUCAUCCUGUAUCUAUCUAUCUAUCUAUCUAUCUAUCUAUCUAUCUAUCUAUCUAUCUAUCUCAGUCCUUUCUCUGUAUUUAUUUCUUACUUUUUUUUUUCUUUCUUUCUUUCUUUCUUUCUUUCUUUCUUUCUUUCGUUUAUUCGUUCGUUCGUUCAUUCGUUCGUUCAUUCGUUCAUUCGUUCGUUCGUUCGUUCUCAUAUCUAUCUAUCUAUCUAUCUAUCUAUCUAUCUAUCUAUCUAUCUAUCUAUCUAUCUCAGUCCAAUGUCUGUCUGUCUAUCUUUCUUUCUCAGUCUCGUAUCUAUCUAUCUAUCUAUCUAUCUAUCUAUCUAUCUAUCUAUCUAUUUCAGUCCUCUCUCUGUUUUUCUUUCUUACUCUUUCUUUCUUUCUUUCUUUCUUUCUUUCUUUCUUUCUUUCUUUCGUUCUCAGUCUUGUCAUAUCUAUCUAUCUAUCUAUCUAUCUAUCUAUCUUAGUCCCAUGUCUGCUUGUCUGUCUGUCUGUCUGUCUUUCUUUCUUUCAUUCUUUCUUUCUUUCUUUCUUUCUUUCUUUCUUUCUUUCUUUCUCCCAACCGAAUAUAUCAUUUCUCUCUCUCUCCCUCAUUUUCUCUCUCUCUUUCUCUCUUUACUUUUCUCUUUCACUCUUUCCUUUUCUUUUAUCUCUCUUUUUAUCCCUCUUUCGCUUUCUCGCUUUUAUUCUCUCUUAUUCUCUCCUUCUGUUUCUCUUUCUUUCUUUCUUUCUUUCUUUCUUUCUUUCUUUCUUUCUUUCUUUCUUUCUGUUUAUCAGUUUCUUUCAGGCUCUUUUUUAUCUCUCUUUUACUCUCUCUAUUUCUAUUUCUUGCUUUUUCCUCCCCCUCUUCUCCCUUUUCUCUCUCUAUUUAUUUCCCUUUCCUUCUGUCUUUCUUUCUGGCUCUUUCUUUCUGGCUCUUUCUUUCUGGCUCUUUCUUUCUUUGUUUCUGUCUCUCUUUUCUCUUUCUCUCUCUCUUUCUCCUCCCGUUUAUCGCUUUGUCUCUCAUUUUGAGCCAUUUCUUUUCUGGUGGGGACGAACCACUCUCUUCACGAUUCCUUUAAACAAUUUCAAAUAUACAUCCAUAUCUAUCUAUCUAUCUAUCUAUCUAUCUAUCUAUCUGAGCCUGUUCAUUUUCUAUCUAUCUAUUUAUCUAUCUAUCUAUCUAUCUAUCUAUCUGAGCCUGUUCAUUUUCUAUCUAUCUAUCUAUCUAUCUAUCUAUCUAUCUAUCUAUCUAUCUAUCUAUCUGAGCCUGUUCAUUUUCUAUCUAUCUAUCUAUCUAUCUAUCUAUCUAUCUAUCUAUCUAUCUAGGAACCUCGAUUCUCACGAUGCAUUGUUGAUUUCUAUGUUCACGCUAUCUAUCUAUCUAUCUAUCUAUCUAUCUAUCUAUCUAUCUAAAAGAAUCUAUCUAUCUAUCUAUCUAUCUAUCUAUCUAUCUAUCUAUCUGUCUGUCUGUCUGUUACUUUCUCACCCAAACACUAUAGAACACAAAAUAUAUUAUUAA